UAGUACGCAAUGGGUAGCACAGCAGCAGUUAACGGUGAACACAUCUCUCCGUUAGUGACUAACAGGCGUUAGUAAGAGCCCAGUGACUGGUGGCCGGCUACAGCGGGGUGUGCUCUCGUUUUGUUUGUGUGGUCGGGGACACGGAUGCUGUCAGCGCGAAUAGCGAUGAAAAGAGCGAAAAUAGUUCGCUCGUCCGCCUCAGUUGUAGCAGCCGGUGAUACGGGUUAGCCGUCAGCGGACCCUGGACCUUUCCUCUUCGUUUUUACGGUUUUUACUCGGCUAAAAAAAACAAAAAUGGAAAGAGGAGAACGCUAACUUAGCGACCGUUAGCUUAUAAAACCAUUUUAAGUUUUUUUUUUCUUUUCAUUCAGUGAGCUUUAUUUCGCUCGGUUUUUUUUUUUUGGUCCUACUUAGGUCGAGUUGGCUCGUCGUUAAAAAAAAAAAAAGAAAAAUGUUGACAGGAUCUAAAACCACGUUCAAAGUGAGACAAAUGCUCCCAGAUAUCAAGGAGAGGAUGCUGAGUCAAAGUGGGGUGAACGCAAGGAGUAGAGAUGUGUUUGGACUACGCUGUCUACCAGGCGAAUGUGUACUUCAGAGAGCUGUUAUGGUGAGGAAGAAGCUGACUGCCAGGGAAGGAAGAGGUUGGCUGUCUGGGACCCUCUUCUGUACUCACUUCAGAGUGGCCUUUGUGCCGCAGGACAGUCCCAAACCUGAUGAUAAUGCAGACCCAGUGCUUUUAGGAGACCACGAUGUGGCUUUGGCAUCCAUAGAGAAGGUUGUGGUUGUGGGCCCAAACCGGACUAAGCUGGUGACCCCAAACUCCUCGCUGAAGUUCACUCCAGAGGAGCUGGUGCUUUACUGUAGGGACAUGCGAGUCAUCUGCUUCCUGUUUGACCGCCUCACUCCUGACGCGCAGGUCAUAGAGAUAACCUACACCAUUGCCAAGACCUACCAGCCUCUCAAACCAGGGUCGGUCUUAUCUUUCCAGAACGCUGCCCUCGGGAGUGUAGAAAUGAAGCAGUUUCUAAGCAACCGUCGCCGCGACGCCCACAUGAACUGGUUUGAGUCUGCCUCGGACUGGGAGCAAGAGCUGGAGAGGUGUGGGGCCAGUGGCUGGAGAGUCAGCUCAGUUAAUGACCGCUUUGAGAUGUCCACCAGUCUGCCUAGGUUCAUCGUGGUUCCACAGAAGGUUUUAGACACUGAGCUGAAGAAAAGCUUUGCCCACUUCAAUGAAGGACGCAUCCCUCGCUGGUGUUGGCGACACCCCCGAGGCAGCGAUCUACUGCGAAUGGCCAGCUUCCAGAACAACAUUUACCAUGAGAAAGAUGACAUCAGAAACCUGGAGAUGAUCCUGUUUGGUUGCCAGUCCUCUCUGUGCGUAGUGGUGGAGCUGGACGAGGAGCUGCCCUCACCUGCCGACAUCCAGUUAGCACACAGCCGCCUGCGCGCUCUCUGUCUGGGAGAUAUCUCCACAUCUGUGUCGGUGCCUGAUGACAAAUGGUUAUCUACCCUGGAAAGUACCCACUGGCUAGACUACACAAGGUCCUGUUUGCGGAAAGCUUCAGAGGUAGCCUGCUUGCUUCGUGGCGGUCACCUGACUGUGGCACUGCAAGAAGCGGAUGAUCGGGACAUGAGCUGUGUGGUGUCCAGCCUGGUGCAGGUGAUGUGUGACCCCCACUGUCGGACCCAGCAUGGUUUCCAGAGCCUGGUGCAGAAGGAGUGGGUGAUGGCCGGCCAUCGCUUCUGCAGCCGUAUCAACUACCACCGUGACAACGACAAAGAGGAGGCUCCAGUCUUUCUGCUUUUCCUAGACUGUGUCUGGCAGCUGUGGUCCCAGUAUCCCUCUCGCUUCCAGCUGACAGAGGACUUCCUGUUGGCCCUGCACGAUAGCAUCCACCUGCCACUCUUCUCCAGCUUCCUGGCCAACUGCCAACGAGAGAGAUGCAAACGCUCCCAGAACCUCGGGCAGUCCUACACACCUGUCAAUGGCUGGCGAGAUGUGCUUAAUCCAGACUCUUUCUCUGAUCCAUCGGACCCUCCUCUGCCCCCGGUGUGGGACUGGGCCCUGCAGUACAGCAAACACAGGCGAGACCGUUUCACCCAACCUGUGCCCCCUGCCCCUCCAUUCCAGCCGCUGCUCAAUGGAAACCUCAACACCAACCCAGACACGCACAGGCUGACUGACAUUAUCCCUGGCUCAGUCUUCCUCCUCUCUCGAGGCACUUUCUCCUGUCCUGCUAACCUGCUUCCCUGGCGCAGCAGCAGUAGUUCAGGAGUUUACAAGAAGAGCCACCGGAGGGCGCCAUCCUCUGAAAAUGUGCCUGGCCUGGAGAGGCUGCUCAAAGCUUGGGCCCUGACUGAGUUUCCCCAUGGCCUCAGUUCCACCACUGGACCUCAAGGACCACUGGACCCCUACGAGCCCUUACUGCCCCUCCUUAUGGGUCCCUGCAUGGGCCUGUGGAGGGAGUGCUACCUCCGGGGGGCGCUCCACGCACAGGCGUUCUCCCACCCCAUCUCCGCCAACCACCCCCACCCUGUGGAGCGACUAGCCAGGGAGGUGCAGCAGCUCAAAGACAAGCUAGCACAGGUGUCCACCAGCACGGAUCUGAACCCACCCACCAAGACAGCUGACCCCCGACGGACCGACACCAAUCUGAACCAAAACACCAACAACGGCACCUUCCUCUUCCCUGCGUCAAGGCCUCAGGGCACGGGUGUGCCCAGAGUGGCACCCCCUCCUACCUCCACCAACCACCAGACCUCCAGGGGCCCUCCGCCGGCCUCAGCCCCACCGUCCAAACCCAGCCACAAGGACAGCAGUGGCAGCAGCAAGCACACCUUCCUGUUUGGGCAUUCUUCUGCAACAGAUGCCCGUUCUGAUCAGCGCUACUACCCAGCACCCAAUAACGCCAAACUUCCCAAGAGUAAUGGAUCAAUAGCUUCCUGAUGUCUGGCCUUCACCUUUACUGUUCUUGUAUAUGAAACAGACGGUUCCACCACCUGCCUGCACCGUGUGACACUGAUCAAACUCUCUCUGGUGUCAUGUAAUGAGGAGACCAAGGCUUAUGUUUCCUCUCAAACCCUAUUUGAUAGAUUCAAAGUGAAUAGAAACAUGUGGGUGCUGCACAGUGAGCUGCAGUUGUAUGAAAUAAUCAGUGUAAGAUCUCUUUACUCUGCUACUUAUCCUCUGUACUGUAUUAAAAAAUGUGACAGUUGUUUUGUAUAUUUGCAAAAACAAAUCCUGGUAUUCAAUAUUCCUCUAAUGAAAUGUUCUAAUUACAGUGAAGCAAAAAGAAAAAAAGAAUAAGGGCUGAAGAUGCUUAAUAAUGUAUAACUAAAAAGGAACUUCAUAAGCACAUAUUGCAGUAUCUCAGAAUGCAGUAAGAAACUGCCAUGACGCACUUUGUAAAUGUCAUACCACCUUUCGAGAAAGAAAGACAGCUUGUAGUUUCCAUUUUAAGCUUCUUAUCCUAAAUGGGCUGCAGUGACUGGGCAGGGCCUAGAUAAGUGGUGUCAUAAGUUGGUUCUUGAGACAAGUUUGAAACGACACAAUGCAGUGAACGCACGAACACACAUCAGCAUUUCACUGGAACUAACCUGUGACCUGUGUGACCGUCAGGCUACAUGUCUCUAGAAUUAAAAAUUUUUUUUUUUUUUUUUACAAAUAGCUCCUUAUAUCUUUGUUAUGCUAAAGUUCUAGUUCAGCUUAUAGGAAAGUAGAAUUUUGUUUUGAAAAAGAACAUUUCUGAAAACUGUCAUUUUUGAACUCCGGGCGCUGCGACCAGUGACUUUAAUGUGGAAUUUAGGGCAUGAGAGCUAUUUUGGUACUGCUCUCAUAUCGCUCCACUUGCAUGCGUGCUUGGGAGCAGCGAGAGGCCUAUAUUCAGUUCAGUGUUAUGUUUGCCUGUACAUGUCUGGAUGUGGCCACAGUCACUGAAUAUUAUUGCAGUAUAAAUGAGUUCCUGCAUGACAGAGAUCAUUUCAGGGCUUUAGUUAUAUAAUCUUAUCUAAACUUUUGUCUUUCAAGUACGUUUGACCAUUAUGGGUCAAUUUUUGAUGUCAUAAAUGUAGAUACGUGUGAUUUUUGACCAAAUUUAGUAUUAUUUUGAGAAAUUCUCCAUCAUCUUGGUGAAACUGAAAAACAAAAAUAUUAUUCUGCCUAUUUUGAUCGCCGUACCUUGACGAGGUACCAGCGAAGAGAAGCUUAUUUCCUCCUCUUUUUACCAUUAUUUUUUUGUUGUCCUGUCUGGUGGUGUAUUAGUAUGCAGCCUGCAUUUAGGUCAAGGACUUGGAAGUGUCUGACUGUAUUUAAAUCACAGAGGGAAGUAUCCAGUCCUGCGCCUUUAAAUCCAAACAGGUUUGUCGUUCGCAUGAUGUGGGUGUCAAGUAGAUGCACUGGCGUCAUUCCCACAGAUGAAUGAAUUUGCACCAUCAUGUGUUUAAAAAAAAAAGCAUGUUUUUUCUAAAUAGAUUAAGGCAGGAUAACAGUUGUUAGAUGUGACUGAUGCCGACCUUCUCUCAUGUCAAAAGGUACCUCACUUGAUAGCACUAUGAAUUAUUAAAUUGUUGUAAAUAUUCCAUCACAUCAAUAUUGAUAUCAGCUACAAUUUCAGAGCGUUCCAGGUGUGAUGCUAAUGCAUUUGCUUGUCUUCCAUGGAAGAAAAACACAUGGUCACCAUUGUCCUGUUGCAUGGAAAACCUGAUUUGAUCUUCUGCUUACACCUGUUGGUCUGUAUGCUUGUAUAAUUUAAUGGUUUUGGUACGAACUUCAAUUUGCCAGAUGUACAUAUUUUUUUUUUGUAUCAGCAUGUUU